AUGGCUUCAGGUGAAGAUAUAGACAGUGGUAUGGAUUCUCCAGCUCUGGAAGACACUCCCGGUAAAAAAAGAGGGCUCGAUGACGAUGAGGAUGAUGGCCUGCGGUUUUUGUCCAAAAGCUGCAAUCCAAAUUUUAUUUCAGAAUUUUGCAGUUUACUUAAAUUUUAUGAUUUGGAAGAUGAAACUUUAGCUGAGAGAUUAUGGGGCCUGACUGAAAUGUUUCCUAAUGAAGUAAGACAUUUCACAUGGUCAUUUGUUAAUAAAACUUACAAAUCUGUUAAAUGUCUGUACAGUUUUUCGCGAACUGCUACAUGGAUAUUUUUUAGUUCUUCUAUUAUCUUAUUUGCUCCAGUAAUAUUUGAAAUUGAAAGAGCAAACAUGGAAGAAGUUCAGCGUCGAGAGCACAAACAGGUGCUGUUAGGACCAAAUGUAGCUUUAGGUGGAGGUUCCGGAGGGUUAAUUCCUUCACGUUAA